CUGAGAACCCCUACCUCCUCCAGUCCGUCCACUGCCCCUCUCCCUGUUCCUGCAGCCAUGGCCCGGCGGAAGGCGAAGAAGCCGCAGCUCGAUGACACCUCCAUUUUACUAGAGCCUUCGGCCCCGCCGUCCAAAAGAGUGAUAAACUCCUUAAUUUCUUCAGCAUUGUUGUUCAUUAUUGUCUUCGUGGUCGGUGUCAGCAUAAUGGGGUGGUUUUAUGUACAACAGCAGCAAAGUAUCGACCAACUGACGGAGUCUUUUACUACAAUCCAAAGGAGAAUCACGAACCUCCAGCAGGUAAUGGACUCAACAGGCGAGCAGGUAAGUUCACCGAGUUAGCUAGCUAACUUUCUCACCGUCGGUUUCUACCGGGCUGGUCAAAGUUUAUAAACUUUUACACAUACAAGAUCUACUUAAGGUUUGUUUUAUGGUUAACAUGGGUGAAAUUAGUUCAUUACUGGGUCUCUUUCGGGUAAAAUCAGACUUGCAGGAGGGUAACUGCUUUUGGGGAACACCGGCGUCCUCCCGAGUUGUGGUGUUUUGGCUUAAAAUGCUACCGUAGCGCGGAAGGUCAGCGGGAGGUAUCAAUAUCCCUUAUCAAACAAGCUUCCUCUACAGUACUACUUCAUAUUACUUACUAGAAUAACUCUAUUUUUAUUCUCAGAUGACACAUUUGAUAUUCUGUUAUACAUUUUGAGAGAUACCUGACCGUGAUAUUAGGAAAAAAAGGAUUAAAUUUUUGGCGGUAUAUGUGACGCAUGCGCAAAUUCACCCGCUUUGUAACGCAUCUGGGCAGGUAGCAUUGUUCUACAGAACACCUGCUGCCCCGAGCCCUCCAAACAAAACGUUUUCUGACGAUAAUGGUAAUCCAUUUCCUGUUUUUUAGACAAGGGGACUGCCUGUGAGAAAUAUUAUGAAUAUAAAUUAAUGUUUAUAAAAAAGUUAUUUAUACCACUUUGAGGUAAUGUCAUUUGUAAGAUAUUGUUAAUAAAAUUGCUGCUCAGUGGGAUUUACUUUGAAAAGCCAAGAUUGUAACACGUGUCAAAGUAGUGCACUUGAUAUUUAUAGUGACACCUGUUGUUUUUGUGGCCUGUCCCCUCUUUGAACAGCUCAUAUCAUGGUCACGUUUCAGAAACCUUUACACACUUAAAGGUUACUAUUAAAUAAUAAUAGAGACUUGAAGGCUUCAUUUAAAGUUGUAAAUAAAAUAAUUUUAACACUGAUUUUACUAUUUCUGCAAUUUCACAGCACUAUAAGGAGGUUUGCAUGGCAAUUUAAAUGAGGUAUGAAUUCUAAUAUUAAUUUAAGUAAGAAAUGUGAUGAAGAAAAUGACAAAUUAUAUAAAAUACUUGUGUGUCUAACUGAAAAUUCAGGCCCUGGUUAUUAUCACAUUGAGGAGAAAGUUAAAAAGAAAAUCCAACCCUUUUUUUUUAUACCAUGUUUUGAUACUUUUUGGUUGCGUGGCCCUAUACUCCAACUCAUGAACAACAUUUUCUCACAGUUGAAAUUUUUUUGUUAUGGUGUCAUAUUUCUGCUUUGCACAACCUGCCUUCUACAGCAAUAUGACAUCCAAGUCCAUGCCUGAAAACUGUCAGAAAUCACGGCUUAAAUUUGUCUUUCUUUGCAGACUGAUUCAGGUUUGAAUGUGGAGCAGAGGAUCUUCGCCCUGGAGAAGGCUCACAAACAGGCACAGGAGGAGGCUGAGGUCGCCCAGGCCGCAUCAGAGAGGCUGAAGAACUCAGAUCUCUUCUCACAGACUUUGGACCUUCAUGAUGAGAUGGACACCCGAUUGGCUGAAAUGAACCAAGUAUCAUUCUCUGUCACGACUCUUCAAGCCUUGUUCAAGAACCAAAGUGAGGAGUUUGAGAUGAUCAAGGAAAGCGUUGUUGCUGGUUUGAGCAGAAAUACUGCACUCUCUGAAAACAUGGCAGGGCUGACAGAUGCUGUAGCCGCCAAAUGCUCCGGAGUCGAGCAGCAGGUUGCUUCAGUGGAAGCUCUUAAUGCCAAGAUUCAAGGAAAAGCGUCAGAGCUGGAUGAACUGAAAGAGUCUAUGCACCUUCAUGAAGCUGCUCUUCAAAAAAACAACCAGGAGAUUGCUGCGAUAAAGUAAGUCCAGCUUGAUUUUCACAUGUUUCUCUGCAUAUCUGGAUGGAGUUGGUUACUUUACAGAAAAUUGAUUUAAAUCCUGUGUAUGCUUUUGUGUUUUUCAGGAAUCUUAUAAAGGCUGAGAAGGCCUUACGAGCCCAGGCGUUACAGCAGAUAGUCCACGCUGUGCAGAUGACUUUAGACGAGCAGUAUUUUACUUCACAAACUCUCCACAGCAGCGUCAUGGCUCAACUGCAGACUUUCCACAAGCAGGUACCUGAUUAUUUUAAAGUAUUUAAGGACAUGGUACACUGGUGUUCUAGGUGAUGCUUCAGACAUCCAUACGAGUGAAUGAUAAAAUAUAUAUUUUUUCAUCUUAGUUGGCGCAUGCUCCUUUGUUGCCAAAACCGAAGUCAGAGGCAGAGAGAGUUGAAGAAGAGGAACUCGUCUCCACAGCAGCACCAAAUGCCACUGAAGUUCAGAAGAACCCAGAAGAUGCUGAGCAGCAGGAAGCAGCAGAUGGAGGAGAGGAGGAGUCAGAGGAGAACCAGGAAGGACUGUCUCUGGAGCAGGAGGUGGUGAGGGAUGUUGAAGAGGACCAGGAGGAAGAGGAGAGAACAGAAGAAGUGAAGGAAAUUUCUCCAGAGGAGGAAGAAGAAGAGGAAUCAACGAGACAGAGUGAGGAGGAGGAAGAGGAGGAGGAAGAGGAAUCAACGAGACAGAGUGAGGAGGAGGAGGAGGAGGAGGAAGAAGAGGAAUCAACGAGACAGAGUGAGGAGGAGGAAGAGGAAUCAACGAGACAGAGUGAGGAGGAGGAAGAGGAUGAGGACGAGGAGGAGGAGGAGGAAGAAGAAGAAGAGGAAUCAACGAGACAGAGUGAGGAGGAGGAAGAGGAGGAGGAGGAUGAAGAGGAGAAGGAGGAAGAGGUGGAGCCAGUAGAAGAGGAGGUCAUAGUAGAAAUGGUGGACUAUGAUAUUUUGGACAACUCUUUAGAAACAGAAGAAUCUGAGGGAGAAGUUGUGUCCUGGUGGGAGAAUGUAGAGGAACAAUCGGCUGAAUCAAGUAGUGAAGUCUUCAUGGACGAGGAUAAGGAGGAGGAGUGACUCUUCCAAAGUGCUUCAUAGUUUAAAGACUCUUAUUUUUUAAGUCAUGGAGACAAUCUGAACCAUUUUUACAUGCCGCUUUGACUGACGGUCACUAAAAAUUCACCUUUUAUUCCAUUGAUUUUCAUACAAAUAGAUUGUGUCUUGAAAUGUCCAUUCUUGAAAUUUUAGGAUGAAUAUAAAUCAUGUUUGAAAAAAAAUCUUUAUACACUUUUAAAGAUUAAAUUAAGUGUCAGUUGUUUUUAAUAAAAACAAGUUUAAACUCUCUUGGGUAUGAAUAUUUUUUAUUUGUUUGUAUUUUAUUAUAUGAGGGUUUUAGACAAAGCAAGAAAUUUAAGUCGUUACUGAGAACUUUGGAAAACACACUGAUGGACAGUUUUUGCUUUUUAUUUUAUACCAUGGCAGAGGUAACUGAUUAGUCAGGAAGAUAAUUCAAUUAAUUGAAAGACUUCAAUUAAUUCCUGCCUUUUUGUCUAAUUUUCUUCCUGUCGUUAAGAGUUUUACUUAUUGUUGGCGUUCUAGUCAGUUGAAAUUAAGUCCUGAUAGACGAUUGCUAAAGUUGAGCAGACGGUGUCUUUGAGUUUUGUGUUAAAUAAUAAUAAUAAAAAUCUUUAUAACACUAUAACAGCAAAUUUAAAAAUCAAUUCCUUUUUAAUUCACUGAAUGUCUCCAGAUUACAGGAAACAAAAGCGGAGAAGGAGACUGAGCAUGUGAGCUUUUUUCUAAAUAUAACAGAGAAGUUGAUCAGGACUAUCCUUACAGCCUGAAAUCUAAUGCAGUUACAUAAGUGGUUUCUCUCCCUGUGAUGUUAUUUAUGGUGCAAGUGUACAUGCUGUACAUGUGAGUACAUAUGAUUCUCUGGUACAUGCUGAUCACUUGUCAUGAAGCCCUUUUGUAAAAAGGUCAAAGUUCCAUUUGCUACCAGCAGAUGGAGCCAGACUGUCUCACUGCAAUGAAAGACUCCUCUCUACAAGUUAUUGCCGUGUAUAUUUGUAAAACUGGUAACUUUUCCUAGAGGCAAAUUGACCUCAUAGGAAUGAUCUUUUACCGUUCAAUUGUUGGUGGAGGUUAUUCCAUUUAAGGGCAAAAAUAUCCGUGAGAGAAAAUGAUAAAUUGGUAAAUUUUUAUAAACUUUGGAAAACACAGGGUCCAACGUUUGACUCAGAGUCAUUAUUAUGUCAUUAAAAGGAUCUCUGCUUGGGUUUUAUAGGAACACUGUGACAUAUCUACUUACUUUCAACUCCAAGUAUGUGCAAAAAAACACGCUGUGAGCCAUGCAUGAAAGAUGAGGAAUAACAGGACCGAUGAAAAAAAAUCCAUGUGUCCAGAACUAUUUAAAGACGGCCAUGAAACUCUACAGGCACUAAACAAGCAUCACUGAAGGAAUUAAAAUAUUUGAAGGUAAUUUUCUUAUUUAUUCCUGUGAUUAAAUAACAGCUGUUCGCUCUGAAAGCCAACUGUUACAUGAGCUGGAAUUAAUUAGAAUCAAAGUGAAAGCUGAGACUUCAAAUGAGGCACCUGGUUUGUUUCACCACAAACACUUCUCAGUUCCUCCAACAGUCAGGCUGCUUCACGUGUAAAUGUUUUCUGUUCAGGUUUUCACAGUCACAAUUAUUUUCUAUAGCAUUCAUUUAAUAAAUGGAAAUGUAGUCGUGUCUGAAGACAUUCACAGAAGGUUUACUGGUGUCUAAACUGUCAAAACAAACCAGCAGCUUCAUUAAAGCUCCUCUGAGGAGUUUGAAGCUUGUUGUGAAAGUUAAAACUGCCUGAAUGUGACAAAUCCGACCAUCAGCAGCAAGAUCGAUUAUUUCUAUUUUUCUAUUAACUGCUGCAGUGGAUACGGUGUCAGUCAAAGUGAUUAAAGCUCACAGCUUUAUUUAGGUUUAAGAUUCUCAAUGAGUGACUGUUAAAGGAAAGCAGUGGCCCCUGAUACAGAGGGGACUGACUGAACACACACCCCUGUAUCUUUUAGUUACCUAAACUCUGACAGAAGAGACUUUACAAAGCUGAUGUUCAACCUGUCAUAUCAACUUGGCGUUAACGUGAUCAUGCUCACAUGAACCAAGCAGAAUAAGAAACUUCUGACCAAUAACAAACAUGGACAAGUCUGCUGUCAGGAGAUUAUCAAACUGCUCAAAGUCAGAGCGCACUUACGGUUCAAAUAUGAAGAAACUAAAAACAUCAUCCAGACUGAAAUCAACACAGCUGUGUUUGCAAAAUGAAGGAAGAACCACCAGGAAAAAACACAUAGAGCAAAUGUAAAAAAAUCAGACUUAUAUAAUCACUUUCUCAUCAUUAGUGCACACUAGAUCUCCGUCUAUCUAAGUUGGUCAAAUCCAAACAUCUCUCUCCUGAACAACCCUUUCUCGCUCUUUCUUGGGAUCCCAUGGUGUCCCCGGGUCAGAUGGGAUGUGCAUAAUCCCUCCUGCAUUGCCCGUAGUUGAGCACACCUGGAACACUUUUAAAGACAUCCUUAUCAAAAACCCAAACCACUUUAACUGGUUCCUGCCAGUGUGAAGGAACAACAACCAGAUGUCCAAAACCUUGCCCCCAUUUCCAAGGCUGAGCCCAGCCACCAACGACAAAAACUCCUUUUGGUCAGAACCAUAGACUGUUUAUGGACAACGUGACUCCGCCUCCCGUCAUUGUACAAACUUGAGGCCGAAAUGCUUUUAUUUGUUAAUUUGUUUUUUCUCCAUUUCCUGAAACCAGCAUUUACACAGUCAUGUUCGGUGGGAGAAUCACUGUGAUGACGCUCUGCUCAAACAGGGUAACCCCUUAAAUGAUCCACGAAAUCUUCUUACGCAAAUGUCAAUCAUCAAAAAUAUGAUGUCAUAUCCUGUUUUUGAAAUCCUUUAAAAGUUUGACAACUAUAAAACUCUGGUGUUUGCUUUUUUUCUGUGUUAAAGGAUGUCAACAGAAAAACUACAUUUUUUGUAGUUCCUAUUAUCUUUUUAACUGUAGACAUCAACAGCAUACAGAAAAGUCAGCACAGAUAAGACUGACCGCUUUGACCACAGGGGGCGCCAAAAUCUACUCUCUGAAAGUUCCUCACAAGGGCCUGAAGUUUAAGAGAUCCUGCUCGAGUUCAUCUGGCUAACCAGUUUUAUUUUUUUAAUAUUUAGACUCUUAUCUUAUCCUGAAACGACCUCGUCUGCUUGUCUUUGCAGAUAUUUAAGUCUGACUUCCUCUUUCAGAUGUACUUUCUAUAAGUCGUUUCAGCUGAGGCCUUGGUCAUUAUUGAAAGGCCUCAUUUCCCCUUUUUAAAAAGGUAAUAAGGUGACUGUUAAUGCUUGUUUCUGGACAGGCCUUGAAUCUUCUUCAGAGACAGCUGAACCCUGGAGUUUUUACUGGUAGAGAAACAGACUGAAACUGACACUGAUGCCUCUUUAUGAACAUUUACAAGCUGACUGAUCGUGUCUGUGUUGUUAUUUUUAAUACCUGAAACUUCUGUGAGGGGGUGGGUGUCAGACUAGAUGACUGACAGAAGACUGAAAAAACAUUUCUUACUCUUCCCACUCACAUUAAGUGAUAAUUUUACUGUUAAAAGACGAGAGGAUGGGGGUUUUGAUUGAAAAUAUUGCUUUCACAACGAGAGACAAGAGGUAGGGGAGACUGGGGUAAGAUGAGCCAAAGGGUAAGUUGACCAAAUAUUUAGGAGAUGGUCAUCAAUUCACGGAGUCUGUGAAGGUUAGAAGCACAUGGGUGAAGGGGUUAGACAUUUAUUUACAAAACAACAUUUUUCACUUUUUAUCAGUUAUAUAUGCAAUAAUAAUUAAAAAUAAUGUACCAUUUGAAUAGUGUAUAAUAGAUAUAAAAUACAUAUGAAUGUGAAGAAGUGACUGUUAUUUAGGGAGAGAGAAGGUGAGGGAGGGCUGGGGGGUGGGGGGGUAGUAGGGAUACGGCUCAACUUACCCCGCUCCUACAGUCAACUUACCCCACACACGGGGUAAGUUGACCAUAGGAGACCACUUUUUUUGUCCUGCUAUAUUGUGAAGAUGACAGUUCUGUUUACACUCAUUCUGUUCGUUUGCAGGGAUGAACAACAUCCUGAAAUAUCUGCAGAUACACGAGUUAGAGACAAAACUAGGACUGACUUGAUGUGAAAAACGGCUCAUCUUACCCCAGUCUCCCCUUCUACUUUGUCCAAAGGGGGCGCCAGAACCAUCAUGUAUCAAAAAUCCCUC